ACAUGACCGUCUUGUUUUCUUGUAUCAUAUGGCACAAUCAAGACUACCCAUGGAUUGGUUCUCUUGGUUAUCAAGAAGUGGCCUUGAGCCCUCACUGGCCUACGAGUAUGGCCUUGCGUUUGCCAGAAAUGAGCUUCAAGAAGUGGAUUUAAUCUACUUCAAUCAUGAGUUUCUGCAAAGUAUGGGCAUUUCAAUAGCUAAACACAGGCUGGAAAUACUCAAGCUUGCUAGGAAAGAAGCUGGAGCUGGCACAACUGGUCUUUCCAAGUUCAUUUUUGCAAUCAACAAAACCAAAAAGAACCUUAAGAAAUGCAUUACCAAGUUGGUUUUCCAUGAGGAUUCAGUGUUUAAAGCCGUGUCAGAGCCGCCGCCUCCAUAUCAAGAGCAGUGGAGAGGAGCUUUGACAAGAAAGUGCAAGAGUGACAAGGAGCUCCAGUUUGAGAAGCCUCCAGUAAUCAGAAACAGGAGGCAAGCAAAAUCAGGUCCUUUGGAUGGAAGAGCACCAGGGAAUUUGAUGCUAAACCAUAGAAACCUCAAGCUAUCAGGGCCUCUGGAUGGAAGGGUGCCGGAGAAUUUGAUGCCUAUGCCCAACAACAAAAGCUUAAAACUAUCUGGGCCUUUGGAGGGCAGAGUUCACGACAGGUUGGUGUACGGUUAUAGGAGCCCAAACCCAAAGUUAUAUGGGACAUCAGAUGGAAUUGUGCAACAGAGGUUGAUGGCUAGAGGGAGAAGCCCAAUCAUACCUAGGCCGUUGGAUGGUAGCAAGGUGGGCAGAGUGAUAAACGAUGAUAUUGAUGAUCAGUCACUAUGGGCUCACCUUUUUCAGGACAUGAAACCCACUUAAAAUGGGUUUUCUUUUAGUUAAUUCCCUAUUCAAUUUUCUCCCCCUCCGUCUCCGUGGUGAUGAGAGUUGAUUUUGGUCCUGCUUCAUCCUUCUGUGAAGCAAACUGUGUAUGUUCUGCUAUUACUCGUUUCUAUCUAAUGUUAAUAUGAUGAUAUGAGUGUUUCUAUAUCA